UACAACACAUUGGAGCUAAGCAGCUGCUGGAGCUGUCACACAGAGGGAGAGAGGAGAGCCCCUGCUACCCAACACACAGCGAGACAAUACAAGAGCAAGCCUGCAAUAGCACAAGGCUGCACAUCCACGCACUGGUCCAUCCGCAACAUCCAUCCUGAUCUGCGAGACAUACUCUGGGAUAUUUUCUUUUUUGGGCUAUUUCCUACAACAUCCAUUUAAAGGAGGAGACAAGUGCAAGCAGCAUCAGCCGAAAAAUGACAUCAGCAACAUCACCGAUCAUUCUAAAAUGGGACCCUAAAUGUUUGGAAAUCCGAACUCUUACUGUGGAGGGGCUUCUGGAACCCCUGGUGACCCAGGUAACUACCCUGGUGAACACCAGUAGCAAGGGCCCCUCCGGUAAAAAGAAAGGUCGAUCUAAAAAGGCCCACGUGCUUGCAGCAUCGGUGGAGCAGGCAACCCAGAACUUUCUGGAAAAGGGGGAACAGAUUGCUAAAGACAGUCAGGACCUAAAAGAGGAGCUAAUCUCCGCUGUGGAUGAUGUUCGGAAACAAGGAGAAACAAUGCGGAUUGCCUCAUCAGAAUUUGCAGAUGAUCCUUGCUCCUCGGUAAAACGCGGGACCAUGGUGCGGGCUGCCCGGGCGUUGCUAUCCGCCGUCACCCGGCUACUCAUACUGGCGGACAUGGCUGAUGUCAUGAGGCUUCUGACUCAUUUAAAAAUUGUGGAGGAAGCUCUUGAAUAUGUGAGAUGUGCUACCAACGAACAAGAUCUGGCUCACCGCUUCAAAGAGUUUGGCAAGGAAAUGGUCAAACUCAACUACGUGGCCGCAAGAAGGCAACAGGAGCUGAAAGAUCCCCAUUGCAGGGAUGAGAUGGCAGCUGCUCGAGGAGCUCUGAAGAAGAAUGCCACAAUGCUGUAUACAGCCUCGCAAGCUUACCUCCGCCAUUCUGACGUGGCAGCCACCAGAGCCAACCGUGACUAUGUAUUCAAACAAGUGCAGGAGGCUAUUGCAGGGAUCUCCAACGCUGCCCAGGCCACCUCACCCACUGAUGAGAAGCAGGGCCACACAGGCAUUGGGGAGCUGGCCGCUGCCCUCAAUGAGUUCGAUAACAAGAUCAUUCUGGACCCAAUGACCUUCAGUGAGGCCCGUUUCCGCCCGUCUCUGGAAGAGCGGCUGGAAAGUAUCAUCAGUGGGGCGGCUCUGAUGGCAGACUCCUCGUGCACACGGGACGACAGGAGGGAGAGAAUCGUGGCCGAGUGCAACUCCGUGCGUCAAGCCCUUCAAGACCUGCUGAGCGAGUACAUGAACAAUAGUGGAAGAAAAGAAAAAGGUGACCCACUAAACAUCGCCAUCGAUAAGAUGACCAAGAAGACACGAGACUUGCGUAGACAGCUCCGGAAAGCUGUAAUGGACCAUAUCUCAGACUCUUUUCUGGAGACAAACGUUCCCCUGCUGGUUCUCAUCGAGGCAGCAAAGAGCGGUAAUGAGAAGGAGGUAAAGGAAUAUGCCCAAGUGUUCCGUGAACAUGCCAACAAAUUGGUGGAGGUAAGCCUUUGCUCCAUCUCCAAAGCAAAGAAAUCUCUCCUGAGAUUUUUUGUAAAUGCUGCCAGAACACUGAUUCCUUGGCAUUGGAAUUCUCAGGUGAUUCCUACCUUGGGGGAGUGGACUGCAGAACUGUGCCACUUAAUGAGAUCUGAGGAGCUGAUUGCCGAACG